GGGAAGAGGAGAGACAAGCCCGGGGGGAGGAGAUACGGAGCCUGGAGGAGUCGGUGAGGAAGGCGGAGGCCGAGGUCGCCCAUCUGGCCGAGCAAACUCCGGUUCUGGUCUCGGAGGCCAGGGCCCUUGCGGUGGAGGAGUUUAAGGCCUCCGCGGAGAUGAGGGAGCUGAGCGUCCAGUUCGGCCUGGAGGCAUUCACCAAGGGAUUCGAGCUCUGCCGGGAGAAGGUGGCCAGCAGAUAUCCCGACCUUGGUCUCGAUUUUUUGGAGGAAUCUGAUGACGAGGCCGCCCCUUCUUCGCCCGCCGCUACUGCAGUCGCACCCCCCGCGCCGGGCUCUCCGCCCCCUGCCCCCGAGUGCCCCGCCAAAGCACUCCCUUUGCCCCUGGGGGUUCCGCUGAAGUCAACUAUCCAGCGGCUGAAAAAGGAGGUCCUCCAAUUGACGAAGAAGUUGAAGAAGUCGGAGGGCGAGCUCCGUCAGGCAAAAAAAUGCUAUUCUGAGGCCGCCGCUGAGGCCGCCCACUUUAGGAGUCUCCAAGUGAAGGCAAUCAUGGACUAUAGUCGCAGGAAGGCGAACUUCACGAAGGAGCUUGAGGAAUGUAAGAAGAGCGCCAGCGAUCGAACUUGGGCUCAAGAAGCCAGGAUCAGCGCCCUUAAGGUGGAGCUGUCGGCUGCGAAGAGGAGGAUCGGCCAGCUGGAAGGAAACUCGUCCCGGGCCCUGGUGCGGGUUGAUGAGCAAAAAUGGUCGCAGAAGGUCUCCGACCUCCAGAAGCAGCUUCAAGACGCUGAGAUGAGCCAUGAUGUGCAGCGGGCCAGCUGGCGCCGGCAGGUAGAAGAGUACAAAGGGAGAUUCCGUCAGGCGGCGGACGAGAUUGUUCGUCUCCAGCAGCAGUUGGUUACUAGGGCACGGCUUGCUAACGCCCAAGAUACCGAAGAGCUCCUAGCCUUGAGAGGCACUGUCGAAGGGAUUUCCGUCUCCCUUGGGGAGAAGACAGCCGAGCUGCAACAAGUAAAAAUCCAACUGGGGCUUGAGAGGAAGGCCGUCGCGGACGCAGAGGCGGAGUCCAAAGUUUUGCGGAAGUGGCAUCGGGAAGCGGAGGCUGAGAGCCGGUGA